AUGACGAGUGCUUCUAACUAUAGACUACCUCAGAGGGACAGUAGAGGAUUUCGACCCGGUGUGUCCAGUUCGGCUUAUCUCAAUCACAGGGAAGUCAGGGCCCUAGAUUUAGUCCCAGCAUUGUACAGUAGCCAUUGGCCAGUCGUACUUAUACUCAGGGUUCUUCCCAGAUAUUAUUUACUCCGAGACAAGCACAGAAUUUUACCGUCUUAUGUGAUAUCUGCUAUUAACGCUAGAAGAUUACUCAACAAGGGCAGCCAUGCAUAUUUGGCUCAUGUGAUUGAUACAGAUGUUAGCAAACUAAAACUUGAAGACAUCCCAGUGGUCAAGGACUUUCCUGAUGUAUUUUCAGAAGAAUUACCAGGCUUACCAUCAGACAGAGAUAUGACGUUCACUAUAGAUCUAAGUCUAGGAACUGUACCUAUUUCACGGGCACCAUAUAGAAUGGCACCAGCAGAAUUGAAAGAGCUAAAGAUUCAGUUAAAAAAUGCUAAAUUUGUUUGGACUGAAGCUUGCGAAAGAAAUUUUCUCGAAUUGAAGAAUCGAUUAGUGUCAGCUCCGGUUCAUACCCUUCCAUCUCUCGGUAAAGAGUUUGUGAUAUAUAGUGAUGCUUCACGUCAAGGUCUUGGUUGUGUUUUGAUGCAGAAUGAGAAAGUUAUAGCGUAUGAUUCCAGACAGUUGAAGAAACAUGAAUUGAGUUAUCCUAUUUAUGACUUAGAACUAGCUGCAGUUGUCCGAACUUUGAAAAUUUGGAGACAUUACUUGUAUGGGAAGGCUAAUGUAGUUACUGAUGCACUCAGUCGGAAAAUAUUGAGUCCUAUGAACCAAACUAAUGUAGUAUGUUCAUCCUUGUUUGGUGAGUUCAGAGCUUCUCAUGCCCAAUUAUCAAUUACUAGUGUAGGAGCAUUGUUUGCCAACUUCCAAGUGAAGCCUACUUUGAUUGACACAGUCAGAGAAACUCAAAAUCAAGAUCUAGUGUUGAGCAAAUUGAAAGAAGAGAUUAGUAAAGGUAAGCAUACAGAUUAUAUCAUCCGAGAUGACAAAGCUUUAGUUAUGGGAAACAGAUUAUGUGUUCCAGAUGAUUCGAAAUUGAAGGAAGAAAUUCUAGAAGAGGCACAUAGUUCAGCUUACGCGAUGCAUCCAGAUAGAUUGACGAAGACUGCUAGAUUUUUGCCUAUUAAAGUUACUUGCUCGUUUGACAAAUUCGCAAAAAGAUAUGUUGAUGGGAUAAUCAGUUUGUAUGGGGCACCACUUUUCAUCCACAGACAGAUGUUAUCAUUCGAGUAUAGAAAUGGCUCCUUUGAAGCACUGUAUGGUAGGAAAUGCAGAACUCCGAUAUGUUGGGAUGAAGUUGGCGCAAGAAAGUUAUUGAGUCCUGAAUAUGUCCAGAUUACUGCUUAG